GAUGAAUAUGAUUCCUAUUGAUAUAUCCACGACUCUCACCCUCUUUUUAAUUACAACCGCACGUUCUAUUUUUGUUUUUUACAUAAAAUCCAAAGUUAUAAAAAAGGUUAAAAUACAAUAGGAACAAACCUGUCAUUUGAAUAUAUGUGAAAAAAUUCCAGGGAGCUGGACCAUAUCCUCGACAAAGCGGAAGAAGACUCAUUCAGCCUUCGCAAUCCAAAGGACCACUAGCUCCGCUGCCAAGCUCAAUUAUUCAAUCAGCUGGGACAGGCCCUGGCGGUAGAAUUUUCUUAUUUCUUUUGAUAUUUGUCUGUUUUUUAAGGCUCUCGUCAUUGUCUUUCAUAACUUGACGACACUAGUGAUCAUCAUAUAACUAGGUAUCAGCGCCCAUAUGGACUCCAUUCAAGUGAAAGAACCAUGGGGUUUGAUAAUGUGGUACAUCGUCUCUACUUGAUAUUCAUUGCAUGGAUUUCGUUUACUCUCCAUUUCAGAUCAGCGUCAGGAGAGAGGUCCACGUAUAUCAUCCACAUGGACAAGUCUCUCAUGCCUAGGGCUUUUGCUACCCAUCACCACUGGUACGCCUCCACCGUCGAUUCCCUCACGACGGCUGCUUCCACAAGAUCCAACGCCGUUCAAUCCACGCCCAAGCUUAUCUACACUUAUGAUCAUGUACUUCAUGGUUUUUGCGCAGUUCUAUCCAAAGAUGAGCUGGAGAAGUUACGUAAGUCAACCGCAGGGUUUGUCUCAGCGUACAGUGACAGGACUGUCACACUUGACACCACCCACACUCUUGAGUUUCUCAAACUCAACCAAAUCUCGGGUCUAUGGCCGGCGUCGGAUUUCGGAAAAGACGUCAUUGUUGGCGUUAUCGACACCGGAGUCUGGCCCGAGAGCGCUAGCUUUAAAGAUGAUGGCAUGACCCAAAUUCCAGCAAGGUGGAAGGGAACGUGUGAAGAAGGACAAGAGUUCAACUCUUCCAUGUGUAACCGAAAGCUGAUUGGAGCUAGAUACUUCAAUAAGGGUGUGAUAGCUGCAAAUCCAGGUGUUAAUCUAACGAUGAACUCAGCUAGGGACACACAAGGUCAUGGGACUCAUACUUCGUCCACAGCUGCUGGGAAUUACGUGGAAGGCGUGUCCUACUUUGGGUAUGCCAAGGGAACUGCAAGAGGAGUUGCGCCCGGAGCCAGGGUGGCCAUGUAUAAGGCCCUUUGGGAUGAAGGCGAAUACGCUUCCGAUGUUCUUGCUGGUAUGGAUCAAGCUGUCGCGGAUGGUGUUGAUGUGAUUUCCAUUUCCAUGGGAUUUGAUCUAGUGCCAUUGUAUAAGGAUCCUAUAGCUAUAGCUUCAUUUGCUGCCAUGGAGAAGGGUGUGUUAGUUUCAUCUUCAGCUGGGAAUGAAGGCCCAUCUCUUGGGACGUUACACAAUGGAAUCCCAUGGGUGUUGACCGUCGCAGCGGGUACCAUUGAUCGUUCAUUCGCCGGCACUUUGACUCUUGGUAAUGGGUUAACCAUCACAGGAUGGACCAUGUUUCCUGCAAGUGCUUUGGUCCAAGAUCUACCUCUUGUUUAUAACAAGACUUUGUCUGCCUGCAAUUCAUCAGCACUGUUGUCUGGAGCACCUUAUGCCGUCGUUAUAUGCGACAAGGUAGGACUUAUUUAUGAACAAUUAUAUCAGAUUGCUGCGUCAAAGGUUGGAGCGGCUAUAAUUAUUUCCGACGACCCCGAAUUAUUCGAGUUAGGUGGUGUACCUUGGCCUGUUGUGAUGAUCAGCCCCAAGUAUGCAAAGGCUGUGGUUGAUUAUGCCAAAACUGCUCAUAAACCUACAGCCACCAUGAGGUUCCAACAGACCCUCCUGGAUACAAAGCCUGCGCCAGCCGUUGCUUCUUACACAUCGAGAGGUCCUUCCCGCAGCUAUCCUGGUAUCUUGAAGCCGGACGUGAUGGCACCAGGGUCAUUGGUUUUGGCUGCUUGGAUUCCAAAUUCUGAGGCUGCAAUAAUUGGAAGUUUGUCGUUGUCCAGUGAUUACAAUAUGAUUUCCGGGACAUCCAUGGCCUGUCCACAUGCUUCUGGCGUGGCUGCACUGCUGAGAGGAGCACACCCGGAAUGGAGCGUGGCUGCUAUUCGGUCCGCCAUGGUGACCACAGCAAACCCAUACGAUAAUACUUUUAAUUACAUACGGGAUAACGGAUUAAGUUUCGAAAUUGCUUCUCCUCUCGCCAUGGGAGCCGGCCAAAUUGAUCCGAACAGAGCACUUGACCCAGGUCUAAUAUACGAUGCAACUCCACAAGACUACGUCAAUCUCCUCUGCUCCAUGAAUUUCACCACCAAGCAAAUCUUAACCAUCACCAGAUCAAACACUUACACUUGCUCCAACUCAUCUCCAGACCUGAAUUACCCAUCCUUUAUCGCUCUAUACAACAACAAAUCAACGACAUUCGUCCAGAAAUUCCAGAGAACUGUGACGAAUGUGGGAGAUAAAGCAGCAAGUUAUAAGGCUAUGGUGACAGCACCGAAGGGCUCAAAAGUCAUGAUCUCACCGGCAACGCUGGCCUUCGAGAACAAGUAUGAAAAGCUGGACUACACUCUGACUAUAAAGUAUAAGAGUCACAAGGAUGGCAAGGUCUCGUUUGGCUCGCUUACAUGGGUUGAAGAUGAUGGAAAACAUACUGUGAGGAGUCCUAUAGUGGUAUCGCAAGUGGUGACACCAUGGUAAAAGCUUUCGAUCACAGACUAGCUAGUUUGGGAUUAGGUCAUGUUCCUGUUUCAUGUGAACUUCGUUCAUCUGAAUAAAAUAUGGGACCCGCGUAACAAAGAAUAUCUGCAAAA